AAAUCGGUUGAUAUUGGAAAAGUGAUGGAAAUGGGAGAAAUGUAAAUAAAUAAUGUUUGUCCAAAACUGUUAUCAUUUGGACCAUAGAUAAUGACUAAAUUUAAAUUAAUAACGCCAGGUAUAGUUAAAUGAGCCCUUAAAAGGUUUUGAAAUGGUAAAAAGCACCUCAAAAAAUAGCAAAUGGAUAAGAAGGUAUAGAACGUUUUUCAUAAUUGGAAUAGUGAUUCUAGCCUUCCAGAUAUAUCUAGCUGUUAAAUUUUUAUCUAUAAAUAAAAGUAUAGCAGAACCAAACGAUAAUAAGUGGCUGUCAGUGCAUUUCGACGACGAGCAGGAGGCCGAUGUAAAUUCUGCAAAUAAAUUAAAAUCAAACCAUGAUUAUGAAGUUAGUUCGGUUGUUCAAACACAAAAAACUAAAGAUAAAACCAACCACACGUACUCAUUAAAGUACGAAGACUUAGAUUUCGUACCAGCUUGUCAAAUUUCGUCAAAAGAAGCAGUGUCUGCCAUUAAUAGAGCCAAAACUCAAACUUGCAAGCAAUUUAUCUCGAAUAUUACUUGUCUUUCCCUUAAAAACGAGCUAUACCCCAAGGAAUUAAAAGGGCUAUGUCCAAAUGGGGAAUUCGUAGCAGGCAAAGAAUUGGGCUGUUUUAAAGAUGAAAAAAAUUUUAGAUUGUUGACAGGAUAUUUUGGUAUCAGUAAAAAGGAUAAUUCUCCUAAAUAUUGUAUGAGAUUGUGUCUACAGUCGGGAUUUCCAUAUGCAGGAGUUCAAUAUUCGAAUGAAUGUUUUUGUGGAGUGGAUGAGCCACCUUUAACAUCUAAAGUUCCUGAUUCUUCUUGCAAUUUGAAAUGUCCUGGUGAUGCACAUGCUACCUGUGGCGGAUACUAUACUAUGAAUGUUUAUCAUACAGGAAUUAAAAGAUUCAUUCCACAGACAGCUAACAUUGAGUCAGACAAUAAAACCAGAAGUACAGUGAAGAUAGUGUUUCUUUUAACAUUAAAUGGUAGAGCUUUGAGGCAAAUCAAGAGGCUACUUAAAAUAUUAUACCAUAAGGAUCAUUAUUACUAUAUACAUAUAGAUAUUCGUCAAGAUUACCUCUACAGAGAAUUGUUGCCCUUAGAACAAAUUCUUCCUAAUGUUCGUUUGACAAGAAAAAGAUUUGCUACAAUAUGGGGCGGGGCUUCGUUACUAGAAAUGCUCAGAUCUUGCAUGUGGGAACUUUUGAAUAUGAAAGAAUGGAAAUGGGAUUUUGUGCUAAACCUAAGCGAAAGUGAUUUUCCGGUAAAACCCAUACAAAAGCUAUCAGAAUUUUUAACUUUGAAUAAAAAUAGAAAUUUCGUAAAAUCCCACGGAAGAGAAGUACAACGGUUCAUCCAAAAGCAAGGUUUAGAUAAGACUUUUGUGGAGUGUGAAUAUAGAAUGUGGCGCAUCGGUGACCGGUCUUUGCCUUCUGGUAUUCAAAUGGACGGAGGAAGUGACUGGAUAGCAUUAUCCAAAAGUUUUGUCGAGUAUGUCACUGAUCCAGUCUCUGAUGAUCUCAUAACAGGACUACUAAAAAUUUUUAAACACACUCUCCUACCCGCAGAAUCUUUUUUCCACACUGCACUAAGAAACUCCAAGUUCUGUGAUACUUAUAUAGACAACAACUUACAUGUUACGAACUGGAAGAGGAAGUUGGGGUGUAAGUGUCAAUACAAGCACAUAGUGGACUGGUGUGGAUGUAGUCCGAAUAAUUUUAGACCAGAAGAUUGGCCUCGGAUUGUCAAUACACUGUCUAGGCAAUUAUAUUUUGCUAGGAAGUUCGAACCUGUGGUAAACCAAGCGGUUAUUUUACAGCUGGAGUUGUGGUUAUGUGGUUUGGAUGCUCCAUCAAGAAAUGUAGACAAUUUACACGGGUAUUGGCAAAAUCUUUAUCAUCAUAGAGAUCUGGAAGUCACAAAAAAUGAUGCUCUGUUGACUAUAAGCAAUAGUGUGAAAAGACAUGCAAUGAAAAUGCUCAAUAACGACACAUGUUAUCUAAACACUCUAUUAGAAGUAACUUCGUAUCACUUUAACGACUCUUAUCAAUACACUUUAUUCAAAUUCGACAUUUCUGAUACUCACUCUAUAGAAUUAGCCAUUAAACCUUUAAACAAAAACGUUCUUUCUAAAAACUCCACAUUGAUGUCUCACUUAGAUUUUUUAACUGUAGCUACAGAUUACGAUCAAAAGGAGCAGAUGUCCAGGAAUUUUUUAAGAAUUAUGUCUCCGUUUUCUGAACCUUUACUUAUUUACAGCUUUUCUCGAAGUCCUGGUUCAAAAAUAUAUAAUCUUACGUCGAUAUGGAUCGGUCCAGAUGGACAAGUGCACGACGUUGUCGAUUUUUCAGUCGAUAGCUCGUCGCUUCUAGGUAAUGUUAAAGCAGGACUGAAGCAGCCAAUCUUGCCAGGUGUAUGGAACGUAAAGUUAGUGUACAAGAAUUUCCAACUGUCCGAAACGAAAUUCCUCAUAACUCCUUUAGAAUAUUUCAACGGAUCUCCCAUACGACCACACCAAGUGACCUAUCUUCACGGCGGUCCCAAAGACAAGAAAGAAUUUAAAAACUCCUUCGGCAAAUUCCUGCCCCCUGCUCUACAAAAACAGGAAAUGGAGCGUGCCAGUUUAGCUAAUUCUCUUAAAACCGAUGUAGAUCUGACCAAGUGGGUCGACGAACUUUUCCUCGAAUUUUAUUCUAUUAAAAAAUCGUGUGAAAGUGUGAAAUUGUCGCGUUCGGGGCAAACGUGUGGUGUGGAGUUGGGUAAAUGUGAAGAGAGCAGUUGGAGCUCCUUAGCUCCGGAUCCCAAGAGUGCCAUAGGACAAGUUAAUUCGACCACCGGGACUUUUGAUAUUUGGUAAAUGUUUUGUCAGUGUGCAUAAGUGUCUCAACAGAAAUAUUGUGAUCUUAGUAGUUUUCACAAAUAAUUAUGCAUUUUAAGACCAAAGACGAAUGGGUUACUGACCUUGUGCAAAUACUUCCACAAAUAUUUUUGAUUCCCAUCAAAUUAAUAGUUUCUGUGUAGAAAUUGUACAGUGUAAAAAUUUUCUGUGAAUUUUUAAUAUAUUCUAGUGUCUUCUGUGAAGAAAAUUACCUUCUAGUAAAUGUACAAACGUUAAUCUACAUGAUUUAUAAUAUCUCGUAAAUAACGGCUCAAUGUAACGUUUCAUGCUAACCAAUGCAAUUUCUUUUGGGCUUUUCGUGAUAUUGUAACCUGAAAUUUUGACACUCUUGAAUAAUUUGGCCCUUUCCAGUUUGUUAUUUAGUGGUAAUUUUUAGUGGAAGUAUUUUAUGCAACUUGUCCAGCUGUUUAGAUAUUUUAUGCACACUAAUUCAAUGUUUUUGCCUUAUGAAUGUGAUACUUUUUGGUGCUCAAUUAAUUUUAAGUCUAUUUGACUGAAUACAGAAAACGGUUAAGAAUUUCGUUCACUAAUUCUUCCAGAGUUACAUUAACGAAUGGUACUAUUAGUAUUUGAUACUAAAUACAGUUUAUUUUCAUAUUACAUUAAUAAUUCAAAUUAGUUUUUAACUUGUUGAGAAGCGAUUCAACGUUUUGCUAAUUUUUAAAUAAGGUUUAAAUCUUGAUCCGGCUCGAAGGACCAACUUUCAGGUAACAUUGCACUUUCAUAUUUUGUAAAAAUACAAAAUAUGACGGUGGAUUAAUCGCCAGUGUUUUCAUAAAGUUUCAUUUUGUCUUGUAAAACCUAACUGUGCUCAGAAAAAUACAAGAAUCCUCUAUUAUCAGGAAUAUUUUUAUUAAAAAGAAUUAGUGAGUGAAAUUUAUGUAAAUUUUAUAAGACAGAUUGUUAAUUGUAGUAAAAUAAUCAAAUUUUGACCAAUAAAAGCAUGCAUAUCAA